UUCGUAAAUGGUUCAAGGCUUCAACAAGCAGUGCUUCGAAACGUUUAAAAGUUUCAGUGAAAGAACGGCAGACGGGCCAGGGAAAUUGUCAGGGCAAAAUAAAACUGGAUAUCGAAAACGGAGGAUCAAGACAACUGCUAAUUUAUAUGGAUAUUGUUUAAAACAAGUUAUUGCUGUAGGGAUGUGAUACGGUAUGAUUGUGUAUUUUGCUAUCCGAUUUAAGUUAACGUCGUUACAUUGGUAAGACCAAAACUCACUCACGUGGGGUUAACUGAAACACGGACCUAUUGCAUAUACAGGGGCGAGAGAUUAUUUUACGCAGAAGACGGUCUUCCGCAAAUUUGUGGUAAAGAUUGCACCUGGCUUCUGCAAGCAUUUAGAGUGGAUUAAGCGUCCUCAGCAACAUCCCAGUCUUCAAGAAAUAACAAUCAGCAUUUGUGUGGCAAUGUCCAUGAGUACUACACAAGUACUUUCUCUGAAGCACUAGAUUUGAUUCAUCACGAUAAUCAACCAAGUUUUUAUAAGUUUGUUAAUAUCUGUUACAUGAUGAGAGCAGCUUUAAAGACCCUUAGCUUAAUGACCGACUCUUAUUGUCAGGUGAAUCUUUGUGCUUUUCAAAAACACCCAGUUGUCAAUUUUCAUACACAUGUUUUCUGGUGGAGGUCUUGCUCUACACAGCUACAAUCCAAAAAUGUAAACCUUUUGUCUGUACCUAAUCAACCUAAAGGCAGCAUCUCAGUUCCUCAGAGUUCACGGCAAAUUCACAGUGAAACCUUUAAAUGUGGUCCUGAUUUAAAAGUACCAAAAUCUUCUAGCUCUGAUGGAACCUCUGAUUGCCUGACCCACACUGAUGCACAAGGUAAAGCCUCCAUGGUCAACGUGGGGAGUAAGCCGGUAACUUGUCGCACAGCCACGGCUUGUGGCAAGGUCAUCCUAGGCUCAAAGGCCUUUAAUUUGGUGCGUGCCAACCAACUUGCCAAGGGUGAUGCACUGGCGGUAGCCCAGCUAGCUGGCAUCAUGGGUGCCAAGCAGACUGCAUCUCUCAUUCCUCUUUGCCAUACGCUUCCUCUUGACCACACCUCUGUUACUAUAGAGUUGCUGGAGGAAGGAAAUACUGCAGUUGUCAAGGCAACGUGCCAAACCCUCGGCCGCACAGGAGUGGAGAUGGAGGCUCUGACAGCUGUGACAGUUGCCACGCUGGCACUGUACGACAUGUGCAAGUCUGUCAGUCGUGACAUCAUUAUUACUGACAUUAAGUUGCUAAGCAAGACAGGUGGGCAAAGAGGUGACUUCCAGCGUCCUGACAUAUCCUAAUUUUAAAUGCAUCUUGUCAUUUUACAUUGAGUGACUUCAGUAUCAAAGUGUGCCUUUGGAUGCCUCCAACUGGCCCGUUUAUUGCAAAUGUACUCUUUCACUGUCCACAAAACUAUUGUUUGCUAAAUACCAGAAUUUUGGUUCUUGAUAGACGCUUGUCAUUUUUUACCAUAAACAUUCAAAAUGUCCUUUAUUUUCAUCAAUAAAAUGGGCCUGUAUGUGCUAUUCUCC